UAUUGUUUUGUUGAAAAAGAAAAUUGAAGCAGUGUGUUCUAACGCAUUUUGCAUUAGAGCAAAUUUAUUUUUCAGUAUUCAUAACUGAGACGAUUUAGAGGGAUUAGUUGUUUUUGGAUUAAUCUAAAGAGUUAAAUGCUUAUGAAUAAAGAGGCUAUUAGCGAGUUAAACUAAAUAUAAAGUGAGUGCUUUAAUGAUCUGAAAUAUUCCCAAGAUUUAAACCUAAGGUUACAAUUAGUCAAAUAAAUUAACAAAGUGGCAAACAUGGCUGUUUUUUGUGCUAAAGUUUAUAAUCUUAGUGCGUAAGCAUUUUGAACGGAUAUGCUCAAAAGGAAUAUAAUUUUAAAAAAUAGCUUCCUGAAAAUGUUUUAACGCAUAAACGCGGCAUUUGGAUAUAGUUUAGUAUGAACCCAAGGAAUAACACCAGUAAGGAGUUGAUUUUGCUAGAGACAAAUUGAAUAAAUAAUCUUUGUCCUGGUCGUUUCCCGAAGGACGUAAAAAAGGAAAACAACAUCUUAGGAACAGCAACAACACCAAUUGCAAAGAUUUGGAAACCGAAACAUCAGGAACAACAAUGCAUUACAAAAACUAUAAAACUCCUGGAAAUGAAACGACCAAUACUUCUUUUGGCUAACAUAACGAAAAUCUAGCUCUCAUUUUGUCAAAAUAGGAAUCAGAAAUCAAAACAAAGAUGACCAUGAUAUCUAACGCACUACGAAAUUCCAUAAGCAUGUCAAACGACUCUGUGCACGUGCUAUGCGACCCAUGUCGCUUUAACGGAAAGACGACGGUCGCCAUUAAGUACUGCCAGGACUGCAAUGGACAUCUGUGUCCUUAUUGUGUCAACACACACAUUCGAGUUAACAACACCAAGAACCAUCAUUUAUCGUAUAUCUUUAACAAGAGAGGCGGUGAAGGCGAAAAAGAUGCAAGUAUCAAUGUUGAUACUGCCGCAACGGCGAACAAGCAGUUAGAGGCAAAGUGUGUGGAGCAUGGGAAGUCCGUGGUCUCCUUCUGCGACACACACGACGCCCUUUGUUGUAGAGUUUGCAUUGGAAAAGACCACCGAGAGUGUAAACUAAAGGAACUUUCGGAAGCUGCGUCCCGUGCAAGAGAUGGCCGGGAGUUCCGUGUGGUCGAGGGCGAGAUCAAAAGACUUCAGGCGAGGUUUGAAGAACUCCAUCGAAAGAAACAGGCUAGCCUGCAACAUCUAGGUCACCAAAACGACACAUUCACAAGCGCUGUGAAGACGUUUCGAAGAACCCUGAAUAAUUUCCUUGAUAAACUCGAGCAGAACAUGAUGAAAAAGAAGGACCGCCAUUUUGAAAUGAAAGCUGAAGAAAUCAGGGGUUGUCUCAAAACAUGUCAAGCGGCGAUCAGUGUUUUGAACGGGUCUCUCAACAAACUAGAUAUUGCAGUUAAACAGGGAGAUGAUCAGCCCCUGUUUAUGACAAUAAAGAAGGUACAAGCGGUUUCCCAUAGAUAUGACAAGGUUUAUAAUGAUAUGGACAAACUACCGAGGAAUUACGCCUUCCAUUUCGUUCCGGAGGCGGUGAUAGAAAGAUUCCUUAAAGGCGUCAGUGAUCUUGGGCUGAUCAAGGACGACACUUCCGGUGCAAGCGGCUCCCCAGGUGUCUGGAAGAACAAGGACUGGAGGGAAAAACAAGAUGACGACGAUAAGGUCAGCGCGACGUCCGCAGCCCCUAAACAUCGCCAAAAGUCGCCAAGGAAACCACUGGAACCUCAAACGACAGCCAUCAAACAACCAAUGGGAAUGGGGGAACUAAAUGUGAGAAUCCCAACGGACAAGAAGUCUUGCUCAAUAACUGGAGCAGCCUUCCUACUAGACGACAAAGUCGUAGUUGCGGAUGCAACUAACAAGAAGGUCAAGGUUUUUGGGGCGGAUCUUAAGCCAUAUGCGCAUAUUGAGACGCAGACCGCGCCACGUGACGUCACUAUCGUGUCUGCGACGGAAGUCGCUUGCACGCUGCCUAAUGAUAGAACAGUACACGUUAUAACGGUCGGGAAACAACUAACUGUUAAUAAGACGUUCAGGCUGGACGUGGAAUGUUACGGCAUCUGUCACGCUGACGGUGCAUUCUACGUCACCAGUGGCUGGAGUACCGACAAAGAGGUCCAGCUCAUUGAUGCUGAAGGCGUGUUAAAGAAGAAACUUCGACCAGAACCGGGCGUUUUCAAAUGCCCUCUGUACGUGACGGUUCACAAUAAAUUCGGACACAUAUAUGUUUCUGAUUACGAAACUGGAAUCGUCUGCAUGGAUAUGACAGGCACUGUAAUUUUAAAGUGCGCCGAUAACAACAGCAAGGGUUACAUGGGGAUAUGUUCAUCACCGCAGGGGGAGAUCUAUAUAUGCACCCUCCAGCCUAAUGGAAUUUCAAAAGUACAUACGGAAAACAAAAGAUACGGGUCGCUUCAGUCAUUGAAUACAAGUGAACUUGAGCCGCUUAUAACAUUGCAAACAUUAAGCAAAGGUGGCCAGCGACCGAGGUCGAUCGCUUAUAGUUGGAACAAGAGCAAAAUCGUGAUCUCUUUUGUUGGACAAAGUGUUGAUGUGAUGAGUAUUUACAAUGUCUAGUUGCUGAAGAUUUUUGGCAAGCUCUGACGUUGUAAUUUCCCCUGUCACACGGGACACGUAAAUAAUAUUUAACUUGUGAAUACCUUUAAGCACAAGCAGCUACACUUCAGCCAAAUUUCUUGCUCGAUUAUUUAGAAAUGCACGUUCUAUUUCUUACUAUCAAUAAAACGAAAUGGUCAAUCACUUUUGCCAACAAGUCUAAAAAGGAGGUGCACUUGACCUAAUUGGACCACUAUCGUCAUAGCCUCAGUUCAUACUGAGUGUUUGAUUGCUGUAUUUUUAACAAUGUAGAGAGUGUAUUCUCCCACCCCAGAUAAGUAGAUCCAAUAAUUUAACCAUGCUAGAAAUUCUUAUCUUGCCCACGGGCGAAGAUAAAAUGCCCGUAUGGAACUCCUUUUUAAUGGUCAUCACAUUGUACUUACCUCCCUUUUUGAAGACUGUCGUCUGUAGCAUCGUGGAAACCUUGUCUUGUGGCAAUAUUUAGAACGAUAAAUAAUUAUUUCUCGCUUCAAAUGUCACCAUAAAACAGUUUUCACGCACCUUUCAAGAAAUAAUGCUUCACUCUCAUUAGAACUAUUUAAAGAGCGAUCUGAGUAUUAACAUAAUCUGAAUCACUCAUUUAGCAUACCCUUUGUCUCAGCAAAUCGUUUGAUUUCGCUAUCUAUUAGUUUAUUCUUAAGCAUUAGAUAAAAUAUUCGUAGUUGUGUUGGUACAGGCUCUAUUUGCAUUCAAAUUUAUAAGUCAUUAUUGUGAGGAGUUUUUAAACGGAAACAUUUUGAUAAAACAUUUACAGCAGUUGGAAAUGUUAAUUAUGAAGAUAAAUGAAAGGCAACAUUAUAUUAUAAUAUCAAGAUUUUGAAUAAAAUAUGUAACUUUCAAUUUAAAUGGGCUAGACUCCAGAUGGUCCCAAAAUCGGCAAAUUCUGUAUUUCCUCAAAACAAUCAUAGAUUUGUCAACACUAGAAUGUGUCCGAUAAUACAUCAUGUUGCAUGUUUAAAGAACACUUGUAUCAUCAUUUCGUUUUAUUCGCAGUAUCGGCAGAUUUUCCCCAUUAAAAAUAACGCAGAAUAUUCUUUUUUUCGAAAACCUAUUAAGACACACGCUCGUUUCACACCUGUCAAUAAAAGUUUUAGCCAACGUGCUGUCUUUUUUAGCAGUAGUUAUCUCAUUCAAAAGUCUCCAUCGAUCAAUUUCAUCGCCGAUGUUAAUUAAUAUGUCGGACCCUAUCUCUACGUUGUUGCGCAACAGUUUUCCGUUUCCUUGCAAUGUUUGAUUUCGGGGAUGCAAUGUUGUGUGUAUAUCUAAAACGUGAAAGAAAGACACGUGAUGAGUGUCAAUAAAUAUACCGACGUUGUUGUUUUAAACUUACUGGGUACUGCAUACUCAGUUAAUUUUCAACACGCAAAAACUCUGAAAAUCAAUUGUGUCGAAAGCGAUGUUGUACACCAGAUAGUAAGAUUGAAUGCGUUUUACACAGCGAUAUUCAUUUUUUGCAAGUUUUUUACAAUUUUCUUUUUUUCUUGCAAUUUUGUCAUCUGAUGUCUUGUUUCUUUAAAAAUUGCUACAAUGUAGUAUGUUUUACAGAUUAUUUGUUUCAAUCAUUGG